CCGCUUCCGGAGCAUGGCGCCUGGGAGCUGGUGCUGCUCGUGCUGCUGAACGCGUGGUUCGGUCUCUUUACGUCAGCUGGUAAGAUGAAAAUCGUGGAGGAGCCGAACACCUUUGGAUUGAACAACCCUUUCCUACCUCAGACAAACAGGCUCCUUCCAAAGAUGGCACCUUCCCCAAUCUCAGGUCCUGCACAUCUCUUUAGGCUUGCUGGCAAGUGUUUCAGUUUUGUGGAAUCUACGUAUAAAUAUGAGUUCUGUCCUUUCAAUAAUGUCACUCAGCAUGAGCAGACCUUUCGGUGGAAUGCCUACAGUGGGAUUUUAGGUAUUUGGCAUGAAUGGGAAAUUUACAACAACACAUUUGUUGGCAUGUGGAUGAGAGAAGGGGAUUCAUGUGAAACCAAAACCAGAGAGACAAAGGUUCUUCUUAUUUGUGGAAAAAAUAAUAAGUUGGCUCAUGUGUCUGAGCCGAGUACUUGUGUUUACUCUCUAACGUUUGAGACUCCUCUUGUUUGCCAUCCUCAUUCUCUUUUAGUUUAUCCAACACUGACUGAAGCCCUACGAAGGAAGUGGGAUGAAGCAGAGCAGUCUCUUUAUGAUGAGCUAAUAACUGAACAGGGAUACAAAAAAUUGUUGAAGGAGAUUUUUGAGAAAGCAGGACUUUUAAGAGCAACAGAAGAAAAGGAGAUUGAGAAAAAAAAUAAAAAGCUAAAAAGUCUGGAAUUUGAAACAGUGGAGAAAUGCAAUAAGGAGUACAAGAAACUUUCUGAAGAAAUAAAAAGGCUUAAAGAUUUAUUAACUCAACAUGUUGUUGUGUAUGAAAGAAACACAGCUGAAAAUACAAGUGCUGAACACGUCAUUCAUAAAGUGGUGACUGCAAAGCCAAGUGUUCUGAAUGGUUCAAAGGCUAAAGAACACCUACGGGAAGACACAGGCAUUUGGAAUGACACCUUUUAAAGAAAUUUGUCUGGCUGAUAAAUAUCAAGUUCAUAUAGACUAAAAUAUUGAGCAAAUUGGAUGUAUAUCAUAGUACUAAGAUAAUUUAACAACGCUUUGUGACUAUUUCUAAUGCUCUAUAUUCUUGCCCUAAGGCAACAGAAAGAGAAUGUUUGAGUUAAAUUCUGGUGCUGCCAUUGCAGACAGCUGUUGUAGUUCAGGUUACAAGGAUGUUUAAGUUGUAAAAAUUAUCUUUGCUGAAACUGUUACCCACCAUUGGGUCUGCAGACUCUACUUCUCCAAUCUCAGUUCUGUGCUGUUUGCUUUGAUCAAUUAUUGCACUAAUUAGAGUGAAAGGUGAUUGGUUGUAUACCCAGCAUCUGUAUUUCUGCCUGAUGUCGGGGGAACAGUUUUGUCCUCAAGUUUGGAUGGAUUACUAAACUUCUUAACCACUGAUAGCAGGGGCAGCUUUUUGCCUUUGGGAAGGAGUAGUUCACACUGUACUUGCUAAUCCUGUAGCAGCACUGAUGAGGCUAGGAGGAUGGAGUGAUGUGGAACCUUUAGCCAGAGAUGAACAUGUGAGCAAAAAGCAAAAUCUACCUUCUAGUCUUUCAGGUAGAUUAUAUACAAUAUACUCCUAUUUAUCCAAAACGCUAUUAUCCAAACCUCUGCAUUAUCGAAAUCCCUUCCUUGUCCCCCAGCAUGAGAUACAUGCUCUCUGCAGCGUGUAUCUUAUGCGGGAGGAUAAGGAAAGGAUUCAGAUAAUGUGGAGGUUUGGAUAAUAGAGCAGACACUACUAGCCAGGACUGCAAGAAGGAUGAGCCCCCGGCUGCAGAGAAGACCAUCCUGCUGCUGAAUGAGCCCUCUGCAGCUCUGCUGUCUUAGCCCCAUUCACUCCCAUGACAGCAGUGCUGCAGAGGGCUCAUUCAGCAGCAGGAUGGUCUUCUCUGCAGCCGGGGGCUCAUCCUUCUUGCAGUCCUGGCUAGUAGUGUCUGCUCUAUUAUCCAAACCUCCACAUUAUCUGAAUCCUUUCCUUAUCCUCCCGCAUAAGAUACACGCUGCAGAGAGCAUGUAUCUCAUGCUGGGGGACAAGGAAGGGAUUUCGAUAAUGCAGAGGUUUGGAUAAUUGCGUUUUGGAUAAAUAGGAGUAUAUUGUAUAUAAUCUACCUGAAAGACUAGAAGGUAGAUUUUGCUUUUUGCUCACAUGUUCAUCUCUGGCUAAAGGUUCCACAUCACUCCAUCCUCCUAGCCUCAUCAGUGCUGCUACAGGAUUAGCAAGUACAGUGUGAACUACUC